UAUACUAGAUGGCAACUCUUACUCUUAUUAUUAUCCAUAUGCGAUAAAAAAUUCUAUAUUUAUUGAAAGAAGUGUAAAAAAUAUAAUAAUACAAGUAAUUUAAUUCUUUAACUAAAUAAUAAAACUUAAAUAUUUUUAUCAUGGGAAAUCUUUGUCUAUCUUGUUGCAAACAAUCAUCUUCAUGUGAAGAUUUAACGCCAGACUUGGAAACUAGAAGAAGAAAACAAAUGGAAGCUGCAGAAAAGAGAAUUGCUGAACAACAAAAUCGAGGAAUUAAAAAUAUUGAGGCUGUUAAAAGACAAGAAAGGUUAGAUCAAUUACGUGAAAAACGUCAAGAAGAAGUCGGUAAUAGAAAUGUACAAAGUAAUUUAAAGUGGCAAAUGAAUUAAUGGGACAUUUUAAUGGAAAUUAAUUAUUUGCUGUACCUAUAAAUUUAUUUUAAAAAAUAUACAAUUAUUUAAUCUAAGAUCAUAGAUAAUAUAUAUAUUAUAUAUAUAUAUAUAUAAUAAUGUACAAAAAUUGUAUGUUAUACAAUACUAUUUCUUAAUAGAAAUUAAAUGAUGUCGCAGAUCUGCAUUUUGCAAAAUUUAAAUAUUUAAAGAUGUACACAUUUACAUACUUAUGUGUAUAUCUGUUUUUAUAUUAUGUUUUCUAUAGUGCCUUAAAUAUUUAUAUAAAUUAUACCAU